AUGGAGGCACCAGCACGCCCAUCGUCGUCCCCGCCUCUGAGCCCUCGGCCGCCUCGGCCCCCCCCGGUCCACGCAUCCGCAAUAUCCGAUAGCCCGGCCACUGCGACUCACAAUAUCUCGCAGAAUGAAGACUUCGCGCCGCGGGCUGAACCGCUUCGCCCCCGACGACGCUCGGAGGCUCUGCAGCCUUCGUCCCGAGUAGGCCAGCUGCUCAACUCGCGGGGCGCCCCCUCCUACCAUGGCUCAUCAUACUUCGGCCACCAGUCUGCGGCGUCCAUGAUGCAAGUCGAGAGUCCUGAGCUACCGGUGGGGAUGAGCGGUAUACACAACGUCGCCAGCAGGAAUACCUCUCGGCGGCGAAUCCCUAACCCGCGUUUCCACCGUGACGAAAAAGGUCCCUACGCUCACAUCUGGGAAUUGGUUGGGUAUCUGCCUCGCCGUAGGGCCAUUGUCGAUCAUAUGGUGCGACAGUUCCUACGAGAGCUCAACCCCAUCUUCGACAGCGUGCACGGGGAGACGUUCCAGGUCAAUUACGACGCCUUUUGGGACCGCAAGUGGGGGGACGACGACCUGACGGCUGUGGAUCUGCGGUGGCUGGCCCUGCUGUUCAUGAUACUCGCCUUCGCCGAACUGCUUGACUGCCCACUCGACGCAUCUCCGGAUGCCCAGAGGAGCUGUGAGGAGGCUUCGGUCCAGUUCUUCUGGGCCUCACGCAAAGCCAUUGUCCUGGCGCCCACGCUGUCAGGCGAGAGCCCCGAUCUCGUGCGCGCAGGAAUCCUCGUCAGCCGCUACCUCAUGUAUUUUGGGCGCAAGACGGAGAGCUGGCUGACGUCAAGUUUUGCCAUACGCAUGGCCCAGGCGCAGGGAAUGCAUAUUGAUGGUGUGAGCUGGGGGCUGCCACCAAAGGUGCUCGAGACCCGUCGCCGUCUAUGGUGCACCCUCUACGCCAUGGACAGGUCCGUGUCGCUGGCCAUCGGACGCCCCUACACGACAAACGACAAGCACUGCAUGGCAAUGGCUAUCCGGAACAUAUGGAUCGACGAUAUGACGACCGAUGAAGCCUCCCGUGCGGCCGAGCAACCCAUCAAUGACCCGACACCCACCAUAUACUUUCGCUACCAGCAGGGUCUUUCAGCCAUCCUCGGAAACAUACACGACGAGUGCUUUGCCAUAGUACCCAUGACUACGUCAUAUCACACGUACGAAAAGGUACUGCAGCUCGAUCAUGCCCUCCUCGAUUGGGCGGAUUCACUCCCUUCUUACUUCCGUCUCGAGAGACCGGAUACCUCCAUCGACGCUCAGAGACCCUUUAUCUACUGGCAAAGAAUGUACCUCCACUCAGCCUAUCAUUUUUCCCGCGUCACCCUGCAUCGCACCUAUGUCCUUUUAGAGUCUAUCACCGACCGCUUCCAAUAUAGUCGCGACGCCUGCAUCUCGUCAGCGUGUGCAGACCUGCGCCUCAAGCUCUCUCUGCGCAACCUAACCAUGGCGGAUCGUUUAAAGGCGGGGAUUGCCAUGCACAACCUCUUCAACAGUGCUCUGGUCCUGGGCAUCAUCGCUGUCAAGGAACCCCACAGCGCUCGUACCGGUGCCAUUCUUGAGGAUCUUGGUGCGUACUGCGAGAAGCAACGUGCUGAUCCCUGGGUCAAUGAGUUCGUCAUGGCCGAGGUGAAAGUGAUUGAGCUCUGCAUCGCUACUGCCAGAAGGUCUGCAGCAUCCGAUACAGGCGCCGGCGAUGGGAGCGCCGUCAUUGCAGGGGAUGACCUGACGGACACGAGAAUGCAACCUCCCUGGCAGGACCAAGACAGUGUCUUCAACGACAUGGAGCCGGCUGUAUCGACGGAAGAGCUGGGUCCAUGCGAAAACUGGCUGGACAGCUGGUUCGGACCGACGCGCAAUUUCCCCGAACCUCUCGACUAUCAGUUCUGGGAGGACCUCGUGGGGACGCUAGACACAAAAUAA